UCGGGAACCCCAGCGAACAUGGCGGCGGCCAGGUGCUGGAGGCUUGUGCUCCGUGGUUCAGGGCUGUCACUGCACACCGCGGCCGAGGCCGCCGUCAAGGCUCCCGAAGUGACCGGCCCAGAUGUCGCGGCAGCCCCAGUCGCGCGCUACCCGCCGGUCGUAGCCUCUCUGACUGCCGACAGUAAGGCGGCACGGCAGCGGCGAGUGGAGCGAUGGCAGGCCACGGUGCACGCGGCCAAGUCGGUAGACGAGAAGCUGCGAAUCCUCACCAAGAUGCAGUUCAUGAAGUACGUAGUUUACCCGCAGACCUUCGCCCUGAACGCCGAUCGCUGGUACCAGAGCUUUACCAAGACGGUGUUCCUAUCGGGCCUGCCGCCGCCGCCGCCUGCCAAGCCCGAUACCGAGCCCGCGCCGGCUCUGGACGUAGUGGCCCUGCGCGACGCCGCCUGUGAUUGCCUACUGCAGGAGCACUUCUUUCUGCGGCGCAAGAAGCGUGUGCCUCUUUACCUGGAACGUGAGGCCAUCACCUCGCCUUUCUUGGACCAGCUGGUUGCCUCCCUCACGGGCCUGCUCAGCGCUCGCAAUCCGGCCCUGGCUAACGCCGCCCUCGACUGUAAACGCCCAGUUCACUUCUACUGGUUGCGUGGUGAAGAAAUUAUUUCUCAUGGUCAUCGGAAAGGUCGAGUUGAUGCUUUGAGAUACCAAAUAAAUGAUAAACCACACAACCAGAUUCGAAUAUCCAAACAACUACCUGAGUUUGUGCCGCUGGAUUAUUCUGUACCUGUAGAAAUCCCAGUUAUGAAUUGUAAGCCAGACAAACUUCCAUUAUUCAAACGGCAAUAUGAAAAUACCAUAUUUAUUGGCACAAAGACAGCAGAUCCACACUGUUAUGGACAUACCCAGUUUCAUCUGCUACCUGACAAAUUAAAAAGGGAAAGGCUCUUGAAACAAAACUGUGCUGAUCAGAUAGAAGUUGUUUUUAGAGCUAAUGCUAUUGCAAGCCUUUUUGCUUGGACCGGAGCACAGGCUAUGUAUCAAGGAUUCUGGAGUGAAGCAGACGUUACUCGACCUUUUGUCUCCCAGGGUGUGAUCACAGAUGGAAAAUACUUCUCCUUUUUCUGCUACCAGUUAAACACUUUGGCGCUGACUGCACAAGCUGAUCAAAAUAACCCUCGUAAAAACAUAUGUUGGGGGACACAAAGUAAGCCUCUUUAUGAAACAAUCGAAGAUAAUAAUGUGAAAGGUUUUAAUGAUGAUGUUUUACUUCAGAUAGUUCACUUCCUACUGAAUGGACCAAAAGAAGACAAAUCACAGCUGUUGGUAAACUAAGAAAAAACAUUUGAUUUGAGACUUUGGGAAUACUUAAAUUUCACUGAAGGAACAAUAAAAGGAAUUUUAAUAAUGAGACUUCUGUCAAAUAUUAAAUGUACUGAUUUUCAGGCAAAUAUUUCUUAUGUUAACCUCUGAUUAGACCUUUCAUUUGGCUCAAAAUACAUCACUAAAGGAUUUAAUUUUAGAUAUAGUAUGUCGAUUAAAAAUAAUUUUACUUAUAUGUGACUAACUGAUGAGACUAAUUGAGCAGUCAUCAAUACCUGGUAUUAACUGUGUGUGUAAGCUCGUACUGCUUGCUGCAUGCCACUCACUGCAUGACAGGCCAGUAAUUUGAGAGACAAGGUGUUGGCGUAAGGAAAAAUGACAUUAUUUGGAAAGCCAGUGAGCCAAGAUGGCGGACUAACAUCCUAAAGAAUUAUUUUAAUUCAGGAUAGAAUUCUAGCUUCUUUUAUGCUAGGGAAGGGGGAAGCAGGGUGCCUGAUAAGCUUGUGGACAGUCUCCUGACUGGUUGGUAAUGAGAUAACCAGGUGGUAUUUUGGGAGUCAACAUUAAUCAGCCUUCUGGUUCCAACCUGGCUGGGGUGUAUGUGCUUGUGGUCAGCAUGUAGUUAACUUUUUCUACCUGGUGAGAAUUUUACUAUCUAUAAAACAACUGAAGUGUAUGGCUCAGAAUAUUAUCUAUAGCCCUCAAGGAGGAACUAAAGGUCUUUGACGUUGUUUUAUGGCUAAACUAUUAUUUUGUCUUGCUUGACUAUUUUCCUUUGUUUCUGCAUUGUCUCAUUUCUCUGACUAAAUUUGCUGUUUGGAACUCAGGGAAGGCCUUGGAGGCUGAAGCUUUUCUACAAACAAGAGGCAGGGGAUAUGGGGGUUCUGUACCCUGGAAGGCCCUGCAGGUCCUGCUCAGUUUUCUAUGGUUUUAAAAGUAAUAUAAAGACAAUUCAGUGCUUGAGAA